GGAGCGGGGAUCCGGGCGCGGGAUCAGUCAACACCGAGGCCCGGCCUGAGGAGCGGCCCCCGGCUGCGGGGAGAAUCGGUGCGGUCCCCGGCGGCGUGAGCGCAUCGAAUGCACGGAUUGAGCGGGCAGAACAAGCAGAGGAUUGAUGUUCAGGAAUCUCAAACUCAUCCAUUUCACCAGCACCUGAGCGUGUGGGAGGAUUCACUGCGUCAGUUGAUCUGACGAGAGUUCGCAGCAUGGAUGAAUUACUCACCAGCUCUGAGUGUGGGCAGGGAUUCACUCAAUCUCCACACCUGGUGACCCAGCAGCAAGUUCACGCUGUGGAGAAACCGUUUGCCUGUCCCCAUUGUGGGAAGGGAUUCACUCGAGCGAGCCAGCUUAAGGGACACCAGCAGAUUCACACCGGGGGGAGGCCGUUUACCUGCUCCGAGUGUGGAAAGGGAUUCACGCGUUCUCACGCACUGAGGAUUCACAAGCAAGUUCACCACGGGGAGAAAGCAUUUACCUGUCCCCAUUGUGGGAAAGAAUUCACGCAAUCAGGACAACUGAAGAAGCACCAGCAGAUUCACACGGGAGAGAGGCCGUUCACCUGCUCCGAGUGUGGGAAGGGAUUCAUUGUAUUAUCUCGUCUGGAGAUGCACCAGAGAAUUCACACUGGGGAGAGGCCGUUCACCUGCUCCGUGUGUGGGAAGGGAUUCAUUUGUUCAUCUGCGUUACUGAGACACCAGAUAAUUCACACGGGGGAGAGGCCGUUCACCUGCUCCGAUUGUGGGAAGGGAUUCAUUUGUUUGUUUGCAUUACGGAGACACCAGCGAACCCACACUGGAGAGAAACCAUUCACCUGCACCGAUUGUGGGAAGGGAUUCUCGUGUUCUAAAUCACUGAGGAUUCACAAGGAUGUUCACGUCGGGGAGAAGCCAUUCACCUGUCCAGAUUGUGGGAAGAAAUUCACUCAAUCGUGCCUGCUGAAGAAGCACCAGCUUGUGCACACCGGGCCGAAGCCGUUCGUCUGCUCAGAGUGUGGGAAGGGGUUCAUUGGUUCAUCUAGAUUGUUGAUACACCUGCGAACGCACACCGGGGAGAAGCCCUUCAUCUGCUCCGAGUGUGGGGAGGGAUUCAAUGCACCAUCUCAGCUGCAGAUACACCAGAGAACUCACACCGGGGAGAGGCCGUUCAUCUGUUCCGAGUGUGGGAAAGGUUUAAUUUCUUCAUCUGCGUUGCAAAUGCACCGGAGAACUCACGGCAGGGAGAGGCCCUUCGUCUGCUCCGAGUGUGGGAAGGGAUUCAGACAUUCUUCUGACCUGAGGAAACACCAGCAAGUUCACGCCGUGAGAAAACCGUUUCCCUGUCCCGACUGUGAGAAGGGAUUCACUCAGCCGUGCCGACUGAAGGAGCACCAGCGAAUUCACACGGGGGAGAGGCCGUUCACCUGCUCCGAGUGUGGGAAGGGGUUCAUUGGAUCAUCUCAUCUGCAGAAACAUCUGAGAAUUCACACCGGGGAGAGGCCGUUCACCUGCUCCGAGUGUGGGAAGGGAUUCACUCAGUCAGACAACCUGAAGGCACACCAGCUUAUUCACACCGGGGAGAAGCCGUUCACCUGCUCCAGGUGUGGGAAGGGAUUCGCCCAAUCUUCUCACCUGAAGAGACACCAGCGAGUUCAUGCUGUGAAGAAAUCAGUUUCUUCUCCCAACUGUGGGGUAGAAGAAGCAGAGGAUUGAUGUUCAGGAAUCUCUAACUCGCUUAUUUCACCGGCGCCUGAACGUGUGGGAGGAUUCACUGCGUCAGCUGAUCCGCCCGGACGCCAGACAGGUCACAGCAUGGA